GGGCGCGCGAUGGGGGCGGGGGAGGAGGACGAGGCGGCCACGGCGGCGGCAGCGUGGGAGAAGGUGGAGGCCAAGGAGGAGGAGAGGAUCAUGGUGUCCGUCCGGGUGCGCCCGCUCAACGGCAGGGAGUCCGGCGACAGCUCCGACUGGGAGUGCAUCAGCCCCACCACCGUCAUGUUCCGCAGCACCGUCCCUGACCGCGCCAUGUUCCCCACCGCCUACACCUACGACAGGGUGUUUGGCCCCAAUUGCUCUACAAGACAGGUCUACGAGGAAGGAGCAAAAGAAGUUGCUCUAUCAGUUGUCAGUGGAAUCAACGCAAGCAUAUUCGCUUACGGUCAAACGAGCAGCGGAAAGACUUACACGAUGACUGGAAUUACCGAGUACAGUGUGAUGGACAUUUAUGACUACAUAGAGAAGCACCCUGAAAGAGAAUUCAUGCUGAAAUUUUCGGCUAUAGAGAUAUACAAUGAAGCUGUGAGGGAUCUUCUAAGCCACGAUACGACACCUCUUAGACUUCUUGAUGAUCCGGAGAAAGGAACUACUGUAGAAAAACUAACAGAAGAAACAUUGAGGGACAAGGACCAUCUUAAGGAUCUUCUUGCAAUGUGUGAAGCUCAAAGGGAGAUUGGGGAAACGGCUUUGAAUGAAGCGAGUUCUAGGUCCCAUCAAAUACUCAGGCUGACAAUCGAAAGUUCUGUUAGGCAGUAUUUAGGAAGAGGCAAAUCAAGCACCCUUGUGUCUUGUGUGAACUUUGUUGACCUAGCAGGAAGUGAGCGUGCAUCUCAGACUGCUUCGGCUGGUAUGAGGUUGAAAGAGGGUAGUCAUAUUAAUCGAAGUCUGCUAACACUGGGAAAGGUUGUUCGCCAACUCAGCAAGGGAAGAAGUGGCCAUAUCCCUUACAGAGACUCAAAGCUGACACGCAUAUUACACUCCUCUUUGGGGGGCAAUGCAAGAACAGCCAUUGUAUGCACAAUGAGCCCUGCACACACUCAUAUUGAGCAAUCCAGGAAUACACUUCUCUUUGCUACUUGCGCAAAGGAGGUAGUUACAAAUGCAAAGGUCAAUGUAGUCAUGUCUGACAAGGCACUACUGAAACAUCUACAGAGAGAGCUUGCAAGAUUAGAAAAUGAACUGAAAGUGCCGGAAUCAGCCUCCUGCACAAGUCAUGCUGAGGCUUUGAGAGAGAAGGAUGCACAGAUUAAAAAGUUGGAAAAGCAGCUGAGGGAAUUGAUGGAAGAGAAAGAUACUGUUCAGUCUCAACUUAAUUGUUUACUGAAAAGUGACGUUGACGAUCAUGUUGAUGAUCGCACUGCAAAGCGAUGGGAUGUCCAUAGUCGAUCUUCAGAGUCUCUUGCGCGAAAUACAUCUGAAGAAGCACUUUCGGUUUCAGAUACUUAUGGAGUUUCUUAUCCAGAUCAAGACCACGCAGUGUUUGAUGGAUCAUAUGUCUUCAGUACUGAUAAUGAUGACUCGUCAUUUCCCAAUCAAACAAUGGAUCUUACUCAACAAACAAGGGGCCGGAAGCCAAUUUCACCUUGGCACCCUUCCAGCAACUAUAGCUCUGAUGGCACAGAGUCAUAUAACAUGAAGGAAGUAGCUUUUAGGACUGCAUCUGAAGUAUCUGAAGAACAUUGCAGGGAAGUACAGUGCAUAGAUAUACAUGAGCAUAGAAGAAGCUCAAGCCAGGAACUUGACAUAUUACUCCCUGAGGGCACCAAGCUCCACACACCUGAAGUAGAGGAGAUCUCUAGAGACGAUGUACCACAACCUGAUGAAGUGCGAGAAGUUGGGAGCGUAACAAAGAAAAUGGAAGAUCAUAGCAAUAUGUACGCUAGCAAAGAGGAACGGCAGGAUGAGAUCAUACCAAAUGCAGUAGAAGGUCUCGACAAAGUUCAGCAAUAUGAAUCCGAUGGCUUCGAAGACAGCCUUGUCAAACCGUAUACAUUUGAUUCUAAUAUUUCUUUCGAACUUGGCAAACCUUACCCUCAAGCAUAUCUGACCGUAAAGAGGUGUAUAAUGAACUCCAAGGAGAGUGCAAUUGCUAGAAGUCAAAGCUGCAGGGCUAGCUUCAAGGUCAUUCCAAAUAGUUGGUUUGAUGAUUCCGAAACCGCCGGACAGACACCACCUGAUGAAAUCUUUAGGUGUCCUCCUAGAAGGUCUGAUAAGGUUAGGAGAAGUCUGUAUCAAGAAAACGAGGAUUGCCAAAACAAUGACACUUUAGAAGACCACCACGCUGUUUCUGGUGAAGUAGCUUGUGAUGAACUAGUUAAUGACAUGAGCACCAGCGAUGAAGUAGUCAAGGACAUGAGUACGAAUGAUGAAGUAGACGAGGAGUUGUGCACCAGUGAUGAAGUAGACAAGGAGUUGAGCACAAGUGAUGAAGUAGACAAGGAGUCGAGUGCCAGUGAUGCAGAACAAGAAGUUUGUAUCAACGACAUCGGUUGUGUCACAGAGCUGGAAGAGAAGACAGAAAAACAUCAUGAGGACCAACCUGAGGAUUGUAAAGCACAGCAGCAGAUCGUUAGAGAUGACUGUACAGCAGUGAAAACUGUGAAAGAUGUUGGCAUAGAUGCAGUGCCGAGUCCUAUCGAGUCUCCUUCUCGUUGGCCUGUCGAUUUCGCGAGAAGGCAGCAAGAGAUCAUCCAGCUGUGGCACGAAUGCAAUGCGCCUCUAGUACACAGAACCUACUUCUUCCUCCUCUUCAAGGGAGAUGCAGCAGACAGUGUCUACAUGGAAGUUGAGCACAGGAGACUGUCCUUCAUCCUAACCUCGUCCAGCACCAUCCCGGCGGCACAUGGCGAGCUUAAUUCCGCCAUUGCAACCAGUUUGAAGAAUCUCAAACGCGAGAGGGACAUGCUCUACAAGCAGAUGCUGAAGAAGCUGGCCAACGGGGACAAGGAGAGCAUCUACAUCAGAUGGGGGAUCGACCUGAGCUCCAAGCAGCGACGGCUCCAGCUAUCCCGCCUGGUGUGGACGCGGGCCGACGACAUGGAGCAUGUCAGAGAGAGCGCCUCGCUGGUCGCGAGGCUGAUCGACCUGGUCGAGCCGGGGCAGGCGCUCAAGGAGAUGUUCGGGCUGAACUUCACGCUCGCUCCGCGGACCGAACGGCGGUCCUUCAGCUUCCUGGGUGAUUGAUCUCUGACGGUGAGGAAGUAGAAGGAUUUUUACGUAGUAUAAUUAAGUACAGAAGGUUGACUUGAUGGGAGAUGACACAGUCCACUGCAAUCCAGCAUUGAUUGAUUGCGCUGAUGCUUCUCGACAUGGUUUCUGUUUGUGAGUUGAGAGUGUGUGGUUGAUUUUCUGUUGCGUGUAAUCUUUACAGAAGUGAAUCAAUCAGACAGCCACAGUUCUGACUGUUUGCGUGUGUGUUGUUCAUCGGUGUGUGUGGGGUUCAUUCGUCAGUUAAAAUCCCCUGAUGCACUACGAUAGUGUGGCUGCCGUCUCAUCCUGUAGUGUGGCUGCCGUCUCAUCUAAUGUCUUUGCAGCAUUCAAACUCUUGGUUCCCAAAUGCUGAUGUACUCAUAUCAUCUUGAAAUAGGAUUUUGUCCCGCUUUAUGAAUAAAGCAACCGACCAUACACAACCGCUUUAUGAGGUUGGAA